UACCCUCACCGCCAUUCAGUAACUUCGGUUGGACGAUGUAAAUGUCUCUUGUCUCAAUUUAUUUAUUUGUGAUGAAUGAAAACAAUUACUGUGGUGUAUAAAUUCUUGUGACUUCACCAAAAAGCCAUCAACUUUCAGUAAUCGUUAUUGUGGUUGUGAAACAAAGGUGGAUUCGUGGUUUUGUGUAAAUACCAGUUCUCCCUUUGAAAAUUGUGACCUACAACUACUCGUCUACAACUCAUGUUUACGUGCUAAAAUACGGUUGUGUAAAAAAUUGGUGGUUUCCGGCUGUUUGUAUCGUCUUAAUGGGAUCUUGUUGAAGUACAGGUAUUGAGAGAAGAGUGGCAAAAUGCCGGAGGGAGUGACGAAAGACGGCAAAAAUGGCAAGGAGGAGAAGAAGAAGGAAUCUCCAAAAAAGCGGUCCGGCAACCUCGCCAGGGUCAAAGUGGAGAUGCUAGAUGGAUCCGUCACGGAGCUCGAAGUCGAUAGAAAAGUCCGUGGCCAUGAUCUCCUAUCAAAGGUGUGUGAUAGUCUUAACUUAGUGGAGAAAGACUAUUUUGGGCUGCUGUAUGAAGAUCGCGGUGACUCCAGGACAUGGGUCGACCUUGACAAACGCGUCUCCAAGUUGUUUAAACAUGAGCCAUGGUACGUGCGUUUUACGGUGAAGUUCUACCCACCAGAGCCUGGACAACUCCAAGAGGAGUUGACGAGAUAUCAACUAGUGCUGGCCAUUAGGAAAGAUCUGUUAGAUGGUCGUCUACCAUGUUCUGCGGUGACUCACGCCCUCCUAGCGAGUUACCUACUUCAAUCCGAGCGUGGAGAUUACGAGGACAGCGAGGUAGGGGCUGGCCUAUGCAAGCAGCUCAAGCUGGUUCCACCUGCCAGCUGUACACCCGAUCUAGAAGAGAAGGUUGUUGAGUUACAUAAAACACACAGAGGUCAAACCCCAGCCGAAGCUGAGCUGAACUAUCUAGAGAACGCAAAGAAGUUAGCGAUGUAUGGAGUUGACUUGCAUCCAGCUAAAGACUCUGAAAAUGUUGACAUAACCCUGGGUGUCUGCUCGUCCGGUCUCCUUGUGUAUAGAGACAAACUACGUAUCAAUCGCUUCGCGUGGCCAAAGAUACUCAAGAUCAGCUACAAACGCCACAACUUCUAUGUGAAGUUGCGUCCGGGCGAGUUCGAGCAAUUCGAAUCUACCGUUGGCUUCAAACUCGCCAACCAUCGCGCUGCAAAGAAAUUGUGGAAGACCUGCGUGGAACAUCACACGUUCUUCAGGCUAACAAGCCCAGAGCCGCCACCGCGCAGUACACUAUUCCCGCGUUUCGGUUCACGGGUCAGCUUUCCUGGUCGCACGCACUACCAGUCAAGGAAUGCCACACUGUCCCGUCCACCGCCCAACUUUGAUAGAUCCUUCUCCACUAGAGGGCUCACGUCGCGUAGUACUAUGGCUCUCUCAUCUGGUGCGAAAGAUGAUUCGAUGCCGCCGGAUGCUGCGAAGAGACACACGAUGCCACCUCAACCAGCACCCAGACCUACCAUUACGGACAAGAAACCGCCGCCGGGCGCCGUUAAGGUAAUGCCGACAGCGCCACCAGAUAAAAAAGAAGAAAAGAAAUUGGAAUCGAAGAAACCAGCUGAAAACGGUACAGAUACCAACAGCGACCCCGGUAUUGCGAAUAAUCUCGAAACAACGCCGAAAAAGAAGGGAGGAUUUGGCUUAUUCGCUAAAAAGGAGAAAUCACCCAAAGAGGAGAAGUCUCCGAAAGAAAAGUCACCUAAAAUCAAAGAGAAAUCUCUUAAAGAAAAGUCACCAAAAGACAAAGAUAAGAAAAUUAAAGACCCUAAAGCAAAGAUUGCUGUUCUCGAUACGUCUAACGAUAGCUCCAACCUUGAUAGUUCAGUCGAUAAGAGUCCAAAGAAAGAAGAUAAGCCAAGCUUUACUAAGCCAUACGAGUAUACUGACACUGAGAAAAGUCCUACGCGUAAGCCGUUUAUUCAAGGGGCAUUUAGCUAUGAAAGGGAACCAAUAUCUGAUGAGAAACAGAGGGGUUUGGAUGACAGUCAAAGCCCAGGUACAAGGAAAGCAGGAUUAGCGUUCAAUUAUGCUCCAGGAGAAGACAAGAGGGUAGCAGAGAGUGCAGAGAAACGUAAAACACCAGAGGAUCCAAGUAAAUUGAAGACUCCUGGUCUGGAUUACGUAGAAUCUGCGGGUCUUAAAGAAAUAGCCAAGAAACCGAAGUCUAAUGUUAUUGACCCGACACUUGCGUUGCUCGAAGCGGAAAGAGCUCAACAUGAAGUACCAGUUGCGGCCGCAGUUCCUGUUUCGGCGGCCAAGCUUAACAAUGAAAUUCAGGUUGUGAUUAUAACUGGUCGGUAUAACGCCAAGACUAAAAAACUGGAUGACGCUAAUGGUACUGUUCUGGUAACUAAAGGUACAAUAAAUAAAGCCACAGGCAAAAUAACAACUGAGAAUGAAGUCAUUAAUAUGAAAUCGGGUCAAGUAAGUUUUACAGAUCCUGCCACCGGUAAGCAAGAGGUCAAGAACGGCCACGUAGAUUCAAAGACAGGACACAUUCUAUUUACUUCAGGUGUUAUUGAUCCUAAAACAGGAAAGAUGGAUCCUACAUUAGCCCAACAGUAUUGUUUCGUAGAAAAGGCCGAAGAUAAAGUAGGUUCUAAACCCGGCAGAGAAGUUGACUUAGUCGUGAUCACAGGAAAAUAUGACGGAAAACACAAAAAACUCGACGCAAGUCAUGGACACGUGGAAGUUUCUAAAGCUAUUGUUUCGCCAGAUGGCAUUGUAACUUCUAACUAUGGUAUUAUAGAUACAAGGACUGGAAAGAUCGAUUAUAAAGACCCGAAGACAGGAAAACAAGAUCCGAAACAGGCAUAUGUUGAUCACAAAACUGGUAAUCUGCUCGUUACCACGGGUAUAUUAGAUCCCAAGUCAGGGAAAGUGGAUUCAUCUCUUGGCCAACAAUACAGCAUUGUUGAAAAAGACGCUACUAAAGCAAACAGAGAAGUAAGACUAGUCGUCAUUACAAGCAAGUAUGAUUUGAAGAGUAAGAAGCUUGAUCCUUCAUUUGCUCAUGUUGAUUCCAUUAAAGGUGUCCUCAGUGGUGCUGACGGUAAAAUAUAUACUGAAUAUGGUGUCAUUGAUCCUAGGACGGGUAACAUACAGGUGACCGAUGCAAAAACCGGUAAUCAAGAAAUAAAACAAGCGCAGGUUGACCCUAAAACAGGUAAUAUCCUUUUAUUAUCUGGGGUUGUUGAUCCUAGAACAGGCAAAUUGGAUACUUCAUUGGGACAACAAUACAGUAUCGUAGACAAACCCAUAAGCACCUUUGCUACAAUUCCUGGACGAGAAGUGCAAGUAGUGGCUAUAACUGGUAAAUACGACAGCAAGGCUAAGAAAUUGGAUAAUCCUAAUGGUUUUAUUGAAACAUCUCAAGCUAUAAUUAGCGACAAAGAUGGAAAAGUGCACACAAACUUUGGAGUGCUAGAUCCUAAUUCGGGUAAAAUUUAUUCAACAGAUCCUAAAACUGGCAAACGUGAUUCAAAGCAAGCCACGAUUGACGCAAAAACUGGCAGUUUUAUUCUUACAUCUAAUGUUAUAGAUCCAAAAACUGGCAAAACGGAUUCUUCGUUAGCGCAACAAUUAACUGUUGUGGACAAAGAUGCUCCUAAAGGCAUACCAGAGCGAUACAUGAAUUUAGUAAUUAUUACAUCAAAGUAUGACCCUAAAACUAAGAAACUUGACCUCACUAAUGCUCACGUCAAUACAGUAGUUGGAAAACUAGGUGAUGAUGACAAAGUUUACACUGAUAUCGGAGUCAUUGAUCCGGCUACUGGUUACAUAACCACAACUGAUCCAGUUACAGGUAAACAAGAAAUUAAAAAAUCUGUCAUUGAUUCUAAAACGGGUAAUAUGUUGCUCACUUCGGGCGUUAUUGAUCCCAACACCAAAUUAGUUGAUCCUACGCUAGGGCAACAAUAUACACUUGUGAGUAAACCGAAAGAUACUUUUGGAUCUGUAUCAGGCAAAGAAAUACAACUGGUUGUAAUAACUAGCAAGUAUGAUCCUAAAUAUAAGAGAUUAGAUACACCUAACGGGCACGUUGAAACAUCUCGAGGUAUUAUUGCUGCUGAUGGCAGAAUCCAUAGUAACUUUGGCAUUAUUGACCCGAAGACUGGUAAAAUUGAACAAACAGAUCCUUUAACGGGAAACUUAGAAGUAAGAAAUGCUGUGGCUGAUCCUAAAACCGGGAAUCUAAUAUUAACUGGUAGUGUAGUGGAUCCAAAAUCCGGUAAGGUUGAUACAUCGCUUGCCCAACAAUUCAGUAUCAUUGAUAAAGAUAUUAAACAGGUAGAAAGAGAAAUCCACCUUGUUAUUAUAACUACGAAAUAUGAUCCACGAACAAAGAAGAUUGAUCCAACUCAAGCACAAAUUGAUACAAUUUCAGGAACUGUCGGUGCUGAUGGUAAAAUACAUACAGAAUCAUAUAUUAUCGACCCUGCUUCUGGUGAAAUAACAAUGAAAGACCUCAAGUCAGGCAAACAAGAAAUUAAGAAAGCUCAGCUCGAUCCGGCCACGGGACAUAUGCUAGUUACUAGUAAUGUUGUUGACCCUAAGACCGGUAAAAUUGAUCCUAGCUUAGCACAACAAUAUAGUAUUGUAAACAAACCUGUUGUACAGCAUACCAAGCCCCCAUCAAAAGGUGAAAUAAGAAUUGUCAUUGUUACAAAUAGGUUUGAUCCAAAAACAAAAUCAGUGGAUGCUGGCUCUGGAACAAUAGAUGCAUCUAAAGGUUAUGUGAGUGUUGAAGAUGGAAAAAUACAUACAGAUUUCGGUAUCAUUGAUCCUAAAUCAGGGCAAAUUUUGUACAAAGAUCCUGUGACUGGGAAGCAAGACCUGAAGAAGGCAGAAGUCGAUCCUAAAACGGGCACUAUUACAGUUACAACGUCUGUUAUUGAUCCCAAAACGGGUAAAGUAGAUCCUACAUUUGCCCAACAAUAUACGAUUAUCGAUAAACAGAAUAUUUUGGCUAAAGUAACGCCAGUAUCUCAAAGAGGUAGUGUUUCUCCACCAAGGCCGAUUCAAACUCCUGUUAAAACACCCACCACUACUCCAGUGCAAACUCCUCUACAGUCUCCUGUUCGUCCAUCUGCGCCAGUAAUCAAUCAAUAUCAAAAGGCGUCGCCUGUUCAAGGAGUCGCUCCGACCAAACCAACUACAGCGCCACCUGCACCACCUGCACCACCUAAAAAGAAGAUUGUAAAAAUCAUGGUGAUAUUUACAAGAGUUGACCCAAAGACAAAGAAACCAGAUUUCUUUAAUGCCGAGGUGGAACACUUAACUGGAGUUCUCGAUCCCAGUGGCUUUAUUGAAACUAAAUACGGUGUCAUUGAUUCAAACAAAGGUAGUAUAAUUGUUACAGAUCCCUCAGGACAAAAACAAACUAAAGAUGGAACAAUUCUUUCAGAAACAGGACAAAUUUUCAUAAAUUCUGGUGCUAUAGAUCCUAAAACUGGUAAAAUUGAUCCCAAUCUUGGAAUGAUCUUAAGUGUUGCCAAACAAGAUGACCCUGUUGUUGACAUUACAACUAUAACCGGACCUUAUGAUCCGAAAACGGGUAAAGUUAAAAUUGAGGAAGGAAUAGUAGAGCACACUAAAGGUAAGGUUGAUGCCGAAACUGGCAACAUCUCGACUAAAUAUGGUGUUAUCGACCCAUCAAAUGGCGUCAUCUUCGUAUCUGAUACAACUGGUUCGCAAGACGCAAAAUCUAUUACUAUAGAUGAAAAUAAUGGCCAAAUAACUAUUGUUGGAGUAUUUGAUCCUAAAACUGGUAAAGUUAAUCCAAACAAUGCGCAGUUACUUGUUGUUGGUAGCCAUAUUGAUCCAGUUGUUGAAGUUACCUCAUUUGUCGGUAAACUUGAUACUAAAAAAGGUGUUAUUGAACCAAAGAACUCUGUUAUUGAAAGCAGUACAGGUCAGAUCAAUCCUGAUAAUAAUAUAAUAAAUACUAAAUAUGGACAAAUAGAUCUAGUUAAAGGAACUGUAACUUAUAACGAUCCUAAGACUGGUAAAUUUGAAAGUAAAGAGCUUAAAGUUGAUCCUCUUACUGGACAGUUCUUGCUCAGAACAGGACAAAUCAAUCCUAAAUCUGGUAAGCCCGAUAAAGACAUCGGCAGGUUAAUGUGUCUUAGAAUUAUCCAAACUAAAGUCGACCCUAUUACUGGUAAACAAAUCGUCUCGAACGAUCCUAAAAACGUUAAAGUUGACCCGAAAACUAACCAGAUUUGGAUAGCUGGACCUAAAGACCCCAAAACUGGCGAAACUCUGUAUACAGCUGGUCAAAUUGACCCCAACACCGGCUAUAUUAUCACUAUCUAUGGUCGAUUAGACCCUAAAACAGGCACCAUCUCUCGAGCAACGGAUGUUGAGAAAUCCCUUAUCAAAGUCGACCCGGUCAAUGGUCAGGUUUACACUGCUACUGGAGAUGUCGAUGACAAUAACGAACCUUUGUACUCUGCCUCACAAGUUGAUCCUGGAACUGGCGAAAUUUACACUAAGUUAGGUAAAAUCGAUCCUAGAACAGGUAAACUGAUAAUCGUCAAAAUCUAUAUCAUUACUCAAAAGGAUGAAAAGGGCAGAGUCAAGGAAGUCGAUCCGAAAGAAUGCACAAUCGAUGAAACGACUGGUAGGAUCAUCACAACGAAGACUGUGUACGUAUAUCAGAUUAUUGACCCAAUCACAGGAGAAACAAUUGAUGUAGAUCCCGACGACCCAAGGCUGAAGGGAGCCAGAACAACUGUCACUCAAACUAUGACCCUAUCUGGCAAGAUCGACCCUGUCACUGGAAGAAUAAAGACGGAAUACGGAGACAUUGACCCAGACACGGGUGAUAUUGAUCCGAGUACCGCUGUCCGAGAUCCAGUUACCGGCCAAUUGAUAUUACACUACUCGCAAAUUGAUCCGUCGCAUUUCGAAGACAAGAGUGGAAACUACACGAUCGAGAAAGAGACGCAAGACCUCCCAGCAAAUAUCGACAUACAGACAGUGAACACGCACAAAUUCUCUACCUUUGGCAAAGACGAAAGUCCCGCUCGAGGCGACGAGCCCAAGACAUUCACUGAAUACACGACAAGCGAGCACAUACGACACCAAGGCUACGUGUCAUCCUCGACCCCAAUCUCCUCUAAGAUCCCGAUUUCACAGCGCUCCAAAAAGACUCCAACACCACCCGUAGUCGUCAAGACCACUACCAAACAACUUCUAACGAAGAACGAGGAUGGCGUCACGCAUAACGUCGAACAAGAGGUGGAGAAUCUUGGCACGGGCGAAGUUACAUUCUCGACUCACACAAACAAGGCGGACAACAUUGAGUCGAUGGAGGGGCGAAGUCCUUACGUGACGGCGCGCGCCGUGACCACAAGGACGGCUAUGACCCAUCAUGACCUGGACACCAAGGCGAAAACCCAGCAGAUGGAAGAAAAAACUGUUGCUCAUACGCUGACAUCGUCAGCCACUCGCCAGGAGCAACGAGUGGUGACGCAGCAAGUCAAAACCACUGUUACUACAGGCGAUCAGUUGACUAGACAUGGCUCUGAAUCAUCUCUGAGUAGCGGCGACUCAGGCACACCCAUAGACUUCGAUGGCGGAGAAGGACAUUACUACGUGACGGAGCCUGGUGUGUACCGCACUACUACAACUUCAACGGCUAUGGGUAAUGCUCCAUUCGGUAGCAUGGUGCAAAGCGCUACCACUAAGAGCAGCGUAGGCCCGCAAGUAACGUCUUUCUCCCAAAGCCCUGAGCCAACUGAAGAAGAAGAUGCUGAACAACUGGCAGGCGAGGAAGUGGUCUCCUCGCAAACUAUCAGCUCCAAGACACGUACCGUUGAGACUAUUACUUACAAGACAGAGCGUAAUGGAGUAGUGGAGACGCGAGUAGAACAGAAGAUCACUAUACAAUCUGAUGGCGAUCCUAUUGAUCACGAUCGAGCAUUGGCUGAGGCUAUUCAGGAAGCCACAGCGAUGAAUCCCGAUAUGACGGUCGAGAAGAUUGAAAUCCAGCAACAGAGCACACAGCCUUAAUCGUGCUCCCUUACCGUCUAACAUUAAAAUAAGACUCGAUUCUGUAUAUGGAGGGUAACAUCACUGCGAAUAUUAUUAUAAGUUAUUUAUAAUUAUAAUCGUUUAUAAUUGUAAUUUUUUAUUAUAUCGAUGUUUCGAAAACGCACUAUAGAUUAUGCGAUUGUAAAAAUACAUUAAGGUUAAUUUGCAGCAUUUUUAACGAUUUUUAAGCUUAGGCUAAGACGGAACCUGGGCCUGAUGCCAUUUAAGUGUUCGUGUUAAAAUUCAAUUUGUCGAUUUAGCUUUAAAAUAUCACACGAGUUAAACCACCGUUAUUUAGUGAUAAUUUCUCUCUAAAAUCUGCUUAAAAUCGAUAAAACCAUGACAUCUGACAGUUUUGACAGUUGACGUUGACGGAUGUUUUGGCGGGAAUCCGAGUCGAGAGCUAAAGUGUUUUAAGAUAUUUAUAACAUGUUGCUAUUACUGUUUCUAUAUUACACCAUUUAGGUGCUAUUUAGGUAUUAGAUAUUAAAUUCUGUCUUGUGUGUUUCUCAAGUUUGGAUUAAGGGCUUGUGCGGGAGUAAAUUACGAGGUGAAAUGGCGUGGACUCGCUAUUCGAGUUUAUCUACUAAAAUUACAUAGUAUUAUGUAUUAACGUUACAUUCAAUUGGAAGAUAGACUUGGAUAGAUCUGGCAUAAACUAAAGACUGAUGCCAUAGAUAUUGUUUUAAAUCUAACUUGUUUUUUACUCCAUUCGGCUUAUCGUUGUUUAGGAUCACUACUGGCACAAAUUUACAAUACGACCAAUGCAAGAGAUUAUUAUGCAUCACCAUGUUGUUUAUACAGGACAUUCCAAUAUACCUGGGUUUCACAAAUUAGUACCUAGAUCACUUAUUUUCAACCUGUUAAACUUUUAUGUUCUGAAUUUUUUUCAUCAUAAAAUGACAAUUGACAGCUGUCAUAGGUCACAGAACAUAAGACCUUAACGGUUUUUAGCUGGUAUUGUACAAUUAUUACUACUUGGUAAACGCUAGAUAUAUGUUUUUUUCUAUAAUUAAGUCUAUGUUACGCUGAUUGUGAAUCAGGUUUAUACUUUUUUAAUUUGACAUUUUAUUGUUUUGUGACGUCAUAGGGUUGAAGUGUUGCCAUAAUAAUUUUUAGUGGCGGCUCUGUGACAGGCACAGUACAGUCGAAGGGAAAAACAUUACCAUAAUUUAUGACAAAUUGAUUUUGUGCCCCGUCCCAAACGAUCUCUAAGAAAAGAUCGUAUUUUAUUUUUUUACAAUUCUCUUGAAAACAAUGAAAUUUUGCAAAUAAUACUACUGUAUAUUACAUUUAUUGAAAUAAUAUUUUGUUUUAAUAGUUUUCUGCUCGACUGUACAUAUUGUCAACUUGUGUUGUCUUAUAUUUAUUGAAGAUGUUUAUUUUUCUAAGAGUCCCAACUCCGGAUGAUUUUAUAUUGAGAUAAAGUAAUAUAAUGAAAACAAUAAAAUAUGCUUUGUUUUAA